UUUUGGUCCCUUCAAACGAGUUUCUUCAAGCUUGCAGCAUGUUGACUUUUCUUUGGAAAUUUACUGUUUUUUUUUUUUACAUCUCAUGCUUUUUAGCUUAUUGCGUGAUGCUUGAAGAUGACCCAAAUAUACCAGCAAUCGCCAAAUAUUUCAACACAAAAGGGAGGUAUGAGGAAGUCAACCCGUACCUCAGAGUGGACAUACUUGCUGUAAACAGAUCUAUUUUACAGCCUCCAUCAGAAGAGUGUCAACAAAUCCAUCUGACAGCCAUAAUAAGACAUGGCACAAGAUACCCGACAACCAAAAAUAUUAAGGAGAUGCAGCAGCUCUAUAAUAUCAUCCUGCACAAUGCCUCAGGUGAACAGAGCUGGCUGCGUGAACUCCAGACCCAGUGGACGAUGUGGUACACUGAGGACAUGGACGGCCGACUCGUCCAGAAAGGUGUGAAUGAGCUCAAGCAUCUGGCUGUCAGGCUGUCAAAGUUGUUCCCCUCGCUGAUUUCAGAGGAGAAGCUGCGGGGUGGAUUCAUCAAAUUCAUAACCAGCUCAAAGCACAGAUGUGUCAACAGCACGCUGUCCUUCAAGGCAGGAAUGACAGAGCACUGGAAUAUUAAAGAUAUGGAGUUUGAUCAUGCAGUGAACGAUGCUCUCAUGAGGUUUUUUGACACGUGCACCAGGUUUGUGGAGGAAGUUGAUAACAACCCGUCAGCUGUGACAGAGGUGGACAAGUUCAAGCAGGGCCCAGAGAUGAGGAGGGUCCAGCAGAAGAUGGCAGACCACCUCAACAUCCCAUACAGUCUCAUCACAUAUGAUAUGGCUGAGGCUGCAUUUUACCUGUGUGCUUACGAAUUUGCAAUUAAGUCAGUGAAGUCCCCCUGGUGUCAGCUCUUUGAUGAGGAUGAUGCAAAGGUUAUUGAGUUUGCAAGUGACCUGAGGGAAUUCUGGAAAAGAGGCUAUGGUCAUGAUAUUAACAGCAGGGCGAGCUGCAUCCUCUUUCAUGACGUGUUUAACCGACUGGACAAAGUGGCCGCCCAGAACAUGUCAGGCCAGCAGGUGGCUGAAGCUGUAACAGUCCAGAUUGGCCAUGCAGACACCCUGCUGCCACUGCUUACACUUCUGGGCUUCUUCAAGGACAGCGAACCGCUGACAUCAACCAACUUUGCUACACAGGCCCAUCGUUCCUUCCGCACCAGUCACAUGAUGCCCUAUGCAGCUAACUUGAUCCUGGUGCUCUAUGACUGCGGGGGAGGCGACCUCAGAGUGCAGCCACUGCUCAAUGAGAAGCCUGUAACUUUCCCCGGUUUGACUGAUCGGGCCUCCAUGCCGCUCUAUCGAGAUGUCUUAGAACACUACAAGGAUCUGCUUCAAGGCUGCAACUUUGAAACUGAGUGUCAGGUGUUCAAACAGCCAGCUGAAGAUUAAACAGACAUUUACAGUGGACUUAUUAUCUUAUAUUUCCACAGUGGAACAAAUGAUAGGCUCCUCCAGUGAAAACACAAUUGACCCAAAAAGCUUUCUGAGUGUUAAAUUUUAAAGUGAUCGCAAUUUUAUAAAAGCACUAAUGUGUUUUCAUAAGGAGUAAAUGUGCCCUAUUUUGUUUUACAAAAUAAAAAGAAAUGCUCUUAAAAUAAAGUCCCACUAAAUAGUUUUAAGCUUGGAAAGUUCCAUGACUAUAGAUACUGUAUGAUUCAUUGAAAAUUAGAGCAGCCCCAACUGUAAUAAGCCAUGUUAACAUAAUAGGAGUUGCCAUCUGUGAAGUCAUAAAUCCAGCAUAAAAGUU